AUGCCUAAUUUAAUUGCUGCAAGAAAACAUUUUAUUCCUCCUGCAAAAGCUGGCGUUCACUGGAAAUCUCCAUAUAUCAAUAGAAUAAAUGAGAGCAUCCUAGAUUUUAUAGGGAACACCCCACUUAUCAAACUUAAUAAGAUUCCUAAAGACUAUGGACUUUCUUGUGAAAUUUAUGCAAAAUGUGAAUUUAUGAAUCCAGCUGGCUCUUCAAAAGAUCGUAUUUCAUUUGGGAUGAUGAAAGAUGCAGAAAGUGGUAAUUACAUUAAGGAAAUGACUGAAUUUGUGGAACCAACAUCCGGAAACACCGGUAUUGGCGUUGCCUUUCUAGCGGCUAUGAAAGAUAAAAAGUGCAUUAUCGUAACAGGAGAAAAGAAUUCGUCUGAAAAAGUUAGUACUAUGAAAUUAUUAGGUGCAGAAGUGAUACAAACUAAUAAAUCUGCAACAGCUAUAGCGAGACAAAUAAAAGAAUCCAAUCCUGACAAUGUUGUUAUGCUGGAUCAAUUUGAAAAUCACGUCAAUCCCCAGACUCACUAUUAUACUACGGGAGUAGAAAUUUUAGGUGCUUUGGGAGAAGUGGAUAUGCUUGUAUUAGGAGCUGGCACUGGAGGUACUGUGAGUGGUGCUGGUCAUAGAAUAAAGGAAAUGUGUCCAAAUUGUACCAUCAUUAUCGCUGAGCCUGAUGGAUCCACGAUGUUUAACGUUAAUGGCAAAAUACAUCCUUUCAUAAUAGAAGGUAUUGGAGGAUCAACAGUGCCAAUCGUUUUGGAUAAAUCGAUAGCAGAUGGUUUUGAAAUAGUGACAGAUGAAGAAGCAUUUUUAAUGGCAAGGGAAGUUUGCAGAAAAGAAGGGUUACUUUGCGGAGGGAGUAGUGGGGCAGCUAUGGCAGCCGCAAUUAAAGCAAUUAAAAGGCGUAAGCUAGGAGCUGGGCAAAAAGUCGUUGUAGUUUUUCCGGACGGAAUACGCAACUAUAUGACUAAAUUCGUUUGUGAACAAUGGAUGGAAGCACACUUGUUUAUGGAUCCCCCUGAACACACUAUGAAAUGGUGGCGUUUGCCAGUUACAGAUUUGAAAUUGAGUCAUACUUAUCCUAUUAUAGAUACUACUUACACUUGCGCUCAAGCAAUUACAGAAAUGAAACAUGAAAAUAUAGCAAUUGUUGUAGAUGAUAAAGGAACUUUCGUCGGAGCAGUUUCAAAAGACAGUUUUCGUCAUGCAGCAACUAACCCCACGAAACUGCCAAAUUCUAAUUCAGAAGAUUUCAAUUUUGACGAUCCCGUGAUUGAGCACUUGGUUAAAGAUUGCUAUACUCUAGCUCUAAAUGGAAAAAAAGGAAUGCCGAACAUAGGCCUCCUAUCACGCAUUUUGGAUAUAACCCAAUUCGUUGUUAUCGGCAAGAAUACCAACGGAGCUGGCGAAGGUCAUUUCGCGGCGGAAAGCGUGGCCACAGCAGAUGACGUCCUUGAUUUUAUUUUUACUCAUCGC